UUCAAUUUUCCUUAGCAACAGAUGUCAGUACACCCUUUAGUGCUCAGAAACAAAGCACAGUCACUAAGGCUAAGUUUCAAACGUUGUAUUAUCGAUGAUCCGUAUUCAAUGCAAAUGAAUCGAGUCUAUUGUUUAAUCUUCAUUUGUGUAGUGUUUGUCUACUUGUUCUAUCAGAACCACGUGAUCGGAACAAAAAAUAUCUUACGCUGAGUUCAUUGCACAUCAAAAUGGCGGCACAACAGGAACUGAUUUAUUGCAUACGUCGCGUAACUAUGUAUGUUCAACGUGCACACAUAACAAUUUGCAUGUACUUGCAUAGAAUACGGCUCAUGGAUAAUACGACGUUUGAACUUAGCCUAAGAAAGCUUUUAAAAAAUAUUAACAGGUGGCAGUGGCAAAUGCUGAUAACAAAUGGGAGAGACCUGCUCUGAAAACACGUAAAUCAACUGGUGACCACACUAAUCACAAAAACUCAUUCUACAAGUUGAAUACCAAACUACGAUGGAUUUUAACGGUCGCACAAAAAACAACCAAUCAAGGUUGGUGAUUCUACUCUUUCAUAUCUUGGAAACCUUAGGAACAGUAACUGGAACAAAGGAAUUAAAACAGACAGUUCUUCUAAUCUCCCUGGAUGGCUUUCGAUGGGAUUACAUGAGCAAAGCUAGCACCCCUAAUCUCGACUUUCUCGUAAAAACAGGUUCGAAGGCUAAAUUUAUCCGCAGUGUUUUUCCCACCACUACGUACCCGAAUCACUUUAGCCUGGUCACGGGUCUGUAUCCGGAGAACCACGGGAUCGUCGCCAAUUACAUGUAUGAUCCCGUAUAUAGGGGCAGGUUUAAUAUCAGUGUCACAAACACCACAUGGUGGAGCGAGUUUGGCGCUAAACCUAUUUGGACGAGUAACGAAGAGCAAGGCGGUAAAAGUGGAGUCCUCUAUUGGCCAGGUUAUAAUGUGAAAUUCGGUGGAAGAUAUCCCACACUGGAUGUGUUGACUCCCUCGGGAAACAUAGACAUAGGGAAUCAAACGGGCAGAGUCAUGAGUUUUGAUAAGAGAGUGCAAACGGUAGUGAAAUGGUUUUCAGACGAGCGACCGCCGAAUUUCGUCGCAUUGUAUUUCGAGGAGCCCGACGAGACAGGUCAUAAGUUCGGACCAGACUCGGAAGAGGUUCGGGACGAAAUCGCGAGACUAGACGGAAUUAUUGGAAAACUUAUCACAAAACUAAGUUCAAAGGAACUCUUGGACAAAAUAAAUAUUAUAGUCACCACUGAUCAUGGUAUGACAAAUACUUCAACGGAUAAACUUAUCAAUCUAAAUGAUUAUCUCGACCCGGACGAAUACGACAUUUGGGACGCUUCCACGAAUAUCAUGAUUUCUCCCCGGAAGGGAAAACUACAAGAACUUUACACUAAAGCGAAAAAGAUACCACAUUCUACGAUAUAUAAAAAGAAGGACAUUCCACCUUACCUGCAUUUCGGUCAUAAUCGACGAAUUCCGGAACUGUUUUUAUUGAUAGAGGAGGGCUGGACUGUCAAGCGUUGGCCAAUAGGAAUUAAGCCCAAGGUUCCACGAGGUAACCAUGGUUACGACACUCAGUACAGGGACAUGGGUGGGUUCCUGGUUGCGCGUGGUCCAGUAUUUCGGACAGGGCACACGGUGGGUGGGUUCGAUAAUGUGCAUCUAUACCCCUUACUCUGUAGCGUGUUGGGCAUUCAGCCACGCCCCAGUAAUGGUAGCAUAAAUAUUACUCGAGGAAUGUUAAGACCGUGGUUUGCUAAUAGAGCAUUGUGAUGACAAAAAUUCGUACCUCAAGGGAUGUCCCUGAAAGACUAUUCAGGCUGUCGUUUGCUGAGCUUUGAUCUUUAUAGUACUGCAAGGAUUAUACGGAUGUAGAAAAGAACCAAAAAUAUUGUUACAAGAAGGUAAAGAGUCCAGACAAUCUGCGGUUUGAGGUAGAACAAAUUGAUUUUUUUUUACCUUGUGGAUUUUGCAUGAUACGAACCAGUUAACUAGAAGUCCUUAACAACCCAUUGGAUGUAACAUCCGUAAAUAUGCGAUUUCGGAUCAAACCCACAGGAAACUCCCGCGUCGAGAAAACUUAAAAUGAAAAUAUGCGUCUCAUUCAUUACUUUUCAAGGUCAUGUUGGUCGAACUUGAUAAACAAAUUCCAAUAUUGGAAAAAAUCAACUCAACACUGAUUAUAUCAUUUCCUCUAUAAUUUUUCUAUUUCUCCGGGGUCGCCGGAGUCGAAUCGGGGGUCGGCACUCGACCCCAAGCUCGCGCGGACAGACUCAACCUCGUCUUAUUAAACUAAUCCUCUAAGAGGUUUGGGGUCUGGUACUGGAUGGCGACGACCAACAAGUCGCUCUCCCAGGGAAACGAGUCAAGUGUCUGGACCUAGAGAGGAUCUCAAAAACCUAGAGAGGAUCUUAAAGACCUAGAGAAAAAAUACAGAAAAAAACCUCAUCAACAACCCUUAUAAACAAGUACACACACCUUUUCGAGGCUGUGAUUGCGAAUAACAGUCACACCAUUGGUUACUGAAAACAUAGUUAUGCUUACAUGAUAAAUAGCAUAAAUAAUAAUGAAAACAAUAUAAAGGCUGUCAUAUAAUGGCUGACAAAGGUCUUCGUGAGAGCAAUUUUCACGUGUCUUGCCACCUGGUCAAAAUAAACCUGUUUAUUGAACAAUUAUGACGCAUAUUGUCUUUGCAAUCGGAUGUGGGGCUAGGGUUUUUAAAAAAGCUCACUGGGCUUAGAUCACAUUGCAAACGUUGGAAGCAGACGAUGGCAAGACCUAUAGGCUCCACGCAGAAUUACAUAACAAACCAACUUGCUUUAUGACCGUGUGAGAAACAAAAAUACUUCCGCUGAUGGCCCAUUUUGCAAAAAAAUCUAACGCCCUGGUGCUGCAAUGCAAUUUAAGAAUACCUUGCCACAAUUGUCCUACAAAAGAACCUCACACCUUUAUCGGUAUAGGGUAUUCCGAUAUUUACCCGCGAUUUGUUCGACUCACGUGCCCCUGUAAGACUAUUCCAGUGCUGAGAGAAAAUGGAGUCAAUAACAGCCAUGCGCAAACCCCUCGUAUUAGACAUACAGCGAUACUGUUUACUGACUGUGGUGUGUUAUCUAAAAUGUUCUGACAUCCAAGAUAUCCUCAUCUUCCAGCUCUAGCUCGGCUGGUGUUGAACUGCCCUUGAUCACAUCUCCGUCAAACGAAAACUGAAGCUUGGAAGAUGGAAGUUUGCGAAACUCGCAGUAUCUGUCGAUGAGACUUUGCAGAGGCUGAUCCUAAAAGAUAAUUUCGCAUUUUGUAACAAACCAAUUUCAAAUACUACAGGUAUAAACUUAAAUAUGUGGAUGGUAAAAGAGCAAAAAAAAGUAGAAUACCAUACCUUGAUAACCGUGUAGUCCUGUGUGAAUGGUAAAAGAGCAAAAGAAGGUAGAAUACCAUACCUUGAUAACCGUGUAGUCCUGUGUGGAUGGUAAAAGAGCAAAAGAAGGUAGAAUACCAUACCUUGAUAACCGUGUAGGCCUGUGUGGCUGGUAAAAGAGCAAAAGAAGGUAGAAUACCAUACCUUGAUAACCGUGUAGUCCUUUGUGGAUUGUAAAAGAGCAAAAGAAGGUAGAAUACCAUACUUUGAUAACCGUGUAGUCCUGUGUGGAUGGUAAAAGAGCAAAAGAAGGUAGAAUACCAUUCCUUGAUAACCUUGAAGUCCUAGGUGGAUGGUAAAAGAGCAAAAGAAGGUAGAAUACCAUACCUUGAUAACCUUGAAGUCCUGUGUGGAUGGUAAAAGAGCAAAAGAAGGUAGAAUACCAUACCUUGAUAACCUUGAAGUCCUGUGUGGAUGGUAAAAGAGCAAAAGAAGGUAGAAUACCAUACCUCGAUAACCUUGAAGUCCUGUGUGGAUGGUAAAAGAGCAAAAGAAGGUAGAAUACCAUACCUUGAUAACCGUUUAGUCCUGUGUGGGUGGUAAAAGAGCAAAAGGAGGUAGAAUUCCAUACCUUGAUAACCUUGAAGUCCUGUGUGGAUGGUAAAAGAUCAAAAGAAGCUAGAAUACCAUACCUUGAUAACCAUGUAGUCCUGUGUGGAUGGUAAAAGAGCAAAAGAAGGUAGAAUACCAUACCUUGAUAACCGUGUAGUCCUGUGUGAAUGGUAAAAGAGCAAAAGGAGGUAGAAUACCAUACCUUGAUAACCUUGAAGUCCUGUGUGGAUGGUAAAAGAGCAAAAGAAUGUAUAAUACCAUACCUUGAUAACCAUGUAGUCCUGUGUGGAUGGUAAAAGAGCAAAAGAAGGUAGAAUACCAUACCUUGAUAACCGUGUAGUCCUGUGUGAAUGGUAAAAGAGCAAAAGAAGGUAGAAUACCAUACCUUGAUAACCGUGUAGUCCUGUGUGGAUGGUAAAAGAGCAAAAGAAGGUAGAAUACCAUACCUUGAUAACCUUGAAGUCCUGUGUGGAUGGUAAAAGAGCAAAAGAAGGUAGAAUACCAUACCUUGAUAACCUUGAAGUCCUGUGUGGAUGGUAAAAGAGCAAAAGAAGGUAGAAUACCAUACCUUGAUAACCGUGUAGUCCUGUGUGGAUGGUAAAA